ACAAAACAGAACGUAAAUUGCAUUUAUUCAGAGAACGUAUAUUUAUUAACAUCUGCACCUCUGUUUAUUUUAUUUAUUGUGCUUACAGCCACUAUUUAACUUGUUUUAAAUGGUAAUGGCACAGAUUUAACUUAUAAAUUGCAAGAAAAGUGAUUAUAAACUUAUAAAAGGCAAAGUCCUUAAACAUUACAUUUUGUACAAUAUGGAUUUUUCAGACUUUGAGAUUCGUAAAUGCCCGCCGACAGCAAUCUACAUUCCCAAUUUUAUAACUUCAGAAGAGGAGCAACAUGUUUUUUCUCAGAUCAGUAAAACUCCAAAGCCAAAAUGGACACAACUACUAAACAGACGCCUAAUUAAUUAUGGAGGAAUACCCCACCCAAACGGAAUGGUAGCUGAACAAAUCCCUGAAUGGUUACAAAUUUAUGUAGACAAAAUAAAUAAUUUAAAUAUGUUUGAGUCACAAAAGGCGAACCAUGUACUUGUUAAUGAAUAUUUGCCUGGACAAGGGAUAAUGCCGCACACCGAUGGACCUCUCUUUUAUCCGAUUAUAUCAACUAUCUCUUGUGGUUCAUAUACGGUCCUUGAAUUUGUGAAACUACAGAAAAGUACUUCAGACGGCACACAGCCUGAUUCGAAGCAUUGUAACAGUAGUAAUUAUACACAGCAACCAGAAAAUUUCAAAUUGCUUUUAGAACCUCGUAGUUUAUUAAUAUUAAAAGAUUCAUUGUACAGUGGGUAUAUGCACGCAAUAAGUGAAGUCAAACAAGAUGUCCUUUGCGACCGAAUCUGCAACUAUGAGAACUGUGAAACCGUUCAUAAAAUGGGAGAUAUAUUACAACGCGGCACACGUAUAUCACUAACUAUACGACAUGUUCCAAGAACAACUAAAAUGAAAUUAAAAUUUUGUUAAUUCUCUUAUGUAUAUGUAAUUAAUGCUAUCUAUAUACAUAUAAACAUUGCAACCAACUAAGCUAAAAAAUAGCGAACACAUUUAAUGGAGGCGUCAGAACUAAAAAAAAAAACAUUUUCACUUUGUUUUUAAUUUUGCCAUGUAAAUUGUUACUUUUUGCUU